AUGGCACCCGGCACCGUGCACGGUAGCAGCGGAGAGUGGAGUGGAGCAGUACGAGCUUGGAUUGAGGGCUGGGGCUGGGCGGAGAUGGGUGGGAGGUUGGACUUGGACUUGGUAGAGGGCGUCCGAGUGGUCCGUGGUUCGUCAUAUAUCCGUAACCAGGGGCUAUCAAUGUCAAUGUCCGCGGGACUCACCCCGCCUUCCUUCCUUCCUCCCUUCCCUUGCUCCCUCCAUUGCUCCCCCCUCCCGUCCACGAACCGCCUCCCGCUUCACCCUCGCCCUCACCCUCGCCUCACCCUCACCCUCACCCUCACCCUCGCCCUCGCCCUCACCCUCACCCUCACCAUCCGCCCGUCACACAUCCCAUCCUCCCCACGACCUCAUCCUUACACCCAUCCAUCCACUCAUCCACCCUCCACCCUCCAGCCAGCCUCCAGGUGGACCGUCCUCCCGCAAACCUCUGCAGAGCUCGAACGUGGACACUGGAUGCUAUUAUAG